UCUUAUUUUUUUUUCUCUCUUUAAACUUCCACUUCCAUUUCAUGGCUCAAGCGACAUCCAGUGCUGCUGCUGCUGCUGCUACUGCGCCCAAGCGUGUGGCCAUUGUCGGCGGCGGACUGGUCGGCGCGCUGAACGCAGUGUACUUUGCUCGCCGUGGCUGCAAUGUCGACGUCUACGAAGCCCGCGACGACAUCCGACAAUCCAAGACGUACUCGGGUCGAAGCAUCAAUCUUGCGCUGUCGACGCGUGGCAUUCAAGCUCUCAAGGAUGUUGGACUCGACGAGAUGGUGGUUGCAACCGGCAUCCCGAUGUAUGGUCGCAUGAUUCACAAUCCCACUGGAGGCAAGUACGUUGUCCCGUAUGGCAAGGACAAUCAGGCCAUCCUGUCGGUCGAUCGCCGCAAGCUCAACGAACUCUUGCUCACGACUGCCGAGAAGCUUCCCAACGUCUCGCUACAUUUUGAGCACAAGCUGACGGAAGUGGAUGUCAAAGCUCGCAACCUGACACUGCGCGCACCUGACCGUUCGACGAUUACCGUGAAGCCCGAUCUCGUUGUUGGCAGCGAUGGUGCAUACUCUAGCGUUCGCCGUCACCUGUUGCAGCAGCCUCGCUUCAACUACGCUCAAACCUAUAUUGCGCACGGCUACAAGGAAUUGACCAUUCCGCCGGUGGAUGGCAAGUUUGCCAUGGAGGCCAACUACCUCCACAUCUGGCCUCGACACGAGUUUAUGAUGAUUGCCUUGCCCAAUCAAGACCGCUCCUUCACCUGCACCCUGUUCAUGCCGUUCGACAUUUUCGCAACCAUUUCGACACCGGAGCUCGUUCUCGCGUUCUUCCGUGAGAACUUUGCGGACGCCAUCCCUUUGAUUGGCCAAGAGCGUCUUGUCUCUGAUUUCUUCACCAAUCCCACGUCAACGUUGAUGAUGGUGAAGUGCUCGCCCUACCACAUUGACGACUUUGCGGUGAUUAUCGGCGACGCAGCGCACGCCAUGGUGCCCUUCUAUGGUCAAGGCAUGAACUGUGGCUUUGAAGACUGCACCGUCCUUCACCGUCUGCUUGGCGAGCACAACAUGGAUCUUGCGACUGCGUUGCCAGCGUACAGCAAGGAGCGCAACCCUGAUGCGGAGGCCAUCUGCGAUUUGGCCCUGCACAACUAUGUUGAAAUGCGGCACCACGUCACGUCCACGAGCUUCCUGUUGCGCAAAAAGCUCGACUCGCUGCUGCACAGCCUGAUGCCGAACACGUUCAUUCCGCUGUACACGAUGGUGACCUUCUCGCGCAUCCCCUACGCCGAGGUGAUUGAGCGUCAAAAGUGGCAAGACCGUGUGGUUUCCCGCGCAGGCUACCUUCUUCUUGGCGCCAGUGUGCUCGGUGCUGCGCUUCUUGCCAAGCAGCGUCUGACCAAGUAGUUGUUUUCUUUGGCUGGUGUUGGUGUUUGUUUUGCUUGAGCACUGUCCAACAUGGUUUUUGAUUUUGUUCAUCCAG